GUGAACUGAUUCCAAAUAAUUUGGUACUUGAGUUGGUGAAAGCUGAAAUGAAUAAACACCAAGAUGCGAAAGCAUUCUUUCUCGAAGGUUUCCCACGUGAAGCACGUCAAGUGGAAGAUUUUGAGCGUCAAGUAAGGCCGGUAAACAUGGCGAUGAUUCUUGACUAUGAUGAAGCAACAUUACGAAAACACAUGAAAGGUCGUGGAUUAGGUACAGAAAUUAUUGAUGCAAAAAUCCGAGAAUUCAAAUUAAAAACAUUACCAAGCGCCAAAUAUUUUGAUGACCAACGAUUGCUACACUUGAUUCCUGGAGAGCAAACAGAUCAGUGGAUUUUUGAACGCAUGAAAUUAUUAAUUCAACGUGCAAUGGAACUUGGGGUUCCAGUGACUACCUCUAAAGUAGCUUCAAGAGUAGCUUCGAGAUCAGAAUCACCUUUACAACGACCAGAUGUGGUACUUUUAAAUUAUUCCAUCUUAAAAAUACUACAGUGUGAAAUAUUUUUAUUGAAGACACUUACAAAAAUUUUAAUUGAAAGUAUUUCUUUUUUAAAAUUGUUAAAUACGCCUAAAAUAAAAAAAUUAUCAAAAUUUCAUUACAAUUUAUGUGAUAACCUAAUUAUUGCUAAAUUUCGGAAAUGCUGCUAACU